CAGGGCAAUUAUUGAUGACAACAUGCAUUGGACCCCUUAAAGAGUUGCAAAAAUGGAUCCCUAACGUACAGAAAUCCUUUUGAAUCCAAACUGAAAAUGAUUUUAGAAUGCUGUCCUGAUUAUUCUGUACAGAAUGGAACAUGUCAAGCAUGCAUCGCCGGAAGAUAUGGUAAAAAUUGUCAGUUGCCAUGUUUGCCAAAUUACCACGGGGUCCAAUGUAAACAACACUGUAACUGUGCAUAUAAUAAGAAGUGCGAUCCGGUUCAGGGAUGCGUGUUUAAUGAAGGAUUUAAUGAACAAAAUGCCAAUAUUACAAACGAAUGUCACCAGAAAUUCUACAACAUUAGUUACAAUUUUAACUGCUCGGAUACCUGUUACUGUAGAAACGACACGUUCUGUAAUCCACGCUCAGGAGUAUGCGAGUGUAGCGACGAAACUUUAUGCAAAAACAUAACAAAAAAGUCAACUCCGAAGAAACAUACUGACACACAAAGUGUCCCAUUUAUUACCGUGGUAAAUUUCUCCGCCGUUGGCAUACCGAUGCUAUUAUUUACGUGUUUCCUCCUUAUAAAACAAUGUAAACUCCAGUACCAACACAGACCUCGGGAUAGUGAAACAAUCAGUGAUCAAACAUAUCAAAACGGUAUUUACUGCGAAAUAAAUGAUGACCAGCUCAAGGAUCAGACGAGAAUAAACUCUAGUGGCACCGGAAACUACAACUCAGAGAAAAAUUGUCAGCAAACAACAGAAGAGAACCAUAGACAUAUUUACAUCGCUAAAUCACUUCCGAAUUUGUGCAUGUAUGAGGAACAGUAUCUCAGUCCUUACUGUUCUCUUCAACAUGCUGAUAAUGACUAUCUAAACCCAUACUGUGCAUUGGGGUUGGAAAGGCGCGUUAGCAGUUGUUCAAAUCUGUUUACUCUUACAAACACUAUAGACGAAUCAUCAAAAAUACUGGACGGUACAACAGACCACAUCAGCUUACAACACCGUACUCUUAGUAUUAUAAAAACGGCCUUAAUAUAUAUGAUUUUCUUAUUAGUUGUUAUUCAUGCCCAGCAGGAAAAUAUGGGCGAUAUUGUUCUCUGCCAUGUACCGUAUAUACUCGCUUAA